AUGCUUAAUGAGAUCUAUCUAGAGACUCAUAUCAAGAAAAAUGGGGAGUUUGUCGAUAAACGCUCAAAGGACACUCAAGAGGAGUAUGAUAGAAAAGUUGCACUUUCUUUUUCUGAUCAUCCUGAGUUACCUCCACCGCCACAAAGAUAUCCUAUUGAUCCUUGUCUAAGUUUUCGGACUUGGUAUAAUACUGCUCGUGGGAAGAGGAAAAAAGGGAGGGUGUAUGGUGCUGGAGGGUAUGCCAAAACAAUUAAGCCGCGUGAUAGGACUUUCAAAAUGAGACUUGAUGAUGGAGAAGAAUCAUCACGUCCACCUAUAUUAACCGCUAAUAUGCUUGAAAUUGCGAGAAAUUUGGCGUAG